GGAGGCUGAGCGAAGGAGAGUUACAGGGGGGCAGGGUGGGCCCGGUGGACCAAGCCCUGGACUGGGGCCCGGGAGACCUGGGAUCUGUCCCUGGCUCGGCCACUAGCCUGGCGGGUGACCUUGUGCACCUCACUUCACCCUCCCGUGCCUCAGUUUCUCCAUCUGGGAAGUAGGGGUCGUGAUAGCGACCUCCCUUGCGAAGUGCGUGGAGCUCUAGCGGUGAAAGGGGACACACAAGAGGUGGAUGGUGGUAUGAGGGGCAUGGCUCUGUUGCCCACCUGUGGUCAUUACCCAGCGCCUUGGUGCAGUUAGUAGCCUCCUUCGCCAGUCAAGUGUGUGGCAUUGCUUUUGGUAGCUUAUGUUUCCAUGUCUCUGUGGCCUUGACACUGAGGUGAUGGAAAAAAUCUCUAGGAUGUGACAGUUAAGAAGCAGUCAUGUCAGCUCUUUGUCCACCUCCUUCUCCUGCUGUUGCCAAGACAGAGAUCUCCUUGAAUGGGGACUCACCAUUACUAGCUGCUACUUUUGCCUACUGGGACAAUAUUCUUGGACCUAGAGUCAGACACAUCUGGGCCCCAAAGACAGAACAGAUGCUUCUCAGUGAUGGAGAAAUAACUUUUCUUGCAAAUCACACAUUGAAUGGGGAAAUACUUAGGAAUGCAGAGAGUGGAGCAAUAGAUGUGAAGUUUUUUGUCUUGGCAGAAAAAGGAGUAAUUAUUGUGUCAUUAAUCUUUGAUGGAAACUGGAAUGGGGACAGAAGUACAUAUGGACUAUCAAUUAUACUUCCACAAAGUGAACUUGGCUUCUAUCUUCCUCUUCACAGAGUGUGUGUUGAUAGGUUAACGCAUAUUAUAAGGAAAGGAAGAAUAUGGAUGCAUAAGGAGAGGCAAGAACAUUUCCAGAAGAUUGUCUUGGAAAACACGGAGAGAAUGGAGGAUCAGGGCCAAAGCAUCAUUCCCAUGCUGACAGGAGAAGUUAUUCCUGUAAUGGAACUUCUUUCAUCUAUGAAAUCACACAGUGUUCCAGAAGAUAUAAAUAUAAGUGACACAGUGUUAAAUGAUGAUGACAUUGGGGACAGUUGCCAUGAAGGUUUUCUCCUCAAUGCCAUCAGUUCACACCUGCAGACUUGUGGUUGCUCUGUGGUUGUAGGUAGCAGUGCAGAGAAAGUUAAUAAGAUAGUGAGGACACUGUGUCUGUUUCUUACUCCAUCAGAACGGAAGUGUUCCAGACUCUGUAGAAAUGAAUCUUCCUUCAAAUAUGAAUCAGGACUCUUUGUACAAGGAUUGCUCAAGGAUGCAACUGGAAGCUUUGUGUUGCCCUUCCGUCAAGUAAUGUAUGCUCCAUAUCCUACUACACAUAUAGAUGUGGAUGUCAACACAGUGAAGCAGAUGCCCCCUUGCCAUGAGCAUAUCUAUAACCAGCGGCGAUAUAUGAGGUCCGAGCUGGCAGCAUUUUGGAGAGCCAAUUCAGAUGAAGAGAUGGCUCAGGAUAUCACUAUCCAUACAGAUGAAACCUUCACUCCUGAUUUGAAUGUUUUUCAGGAUGUCCUGCAUCGUGAUACAUUAGUAAAAGCCUUCCUGGAGCAGGUCUUUCAUUUGAAACCUGGCUUGUCUCUGAGGAGUACUUUCCUUGCCCAGUUUCUGCUCGUCCUUCAUAGAAAAGCCUUAACUCUUAUAAAGUACAUAGAGGAUGAUACGCAGAAAGGAAAAAAGCCUUUUAAGUCUCUCCGUAGCUUAAAAAUAGACCUUGACUUAACAGCAGAGGGCGAUCUUAACAUAAUAAUGGCUUUAGCUGAGAAGAUCAAACCUGGCCUACAUUCCUUUAUCUUUGGGAGACCCUUCUACACUAGUGUACAAGAACGUGAUGUACUAAUGACAUUUUAAAGAUCCUGUAUGCUGCUGAAAGAAAGCUAGUAAUGUAAACACCAUUUUCCCCUUUUUGAUCAGCACAGUCUUGCACUCUAAUGCAGUGACUGGAAGCAAGUAACACUACAAUCCAGUCGAAAUGGGGAGUAAGUAUUAGAGGGAAAGUCACUUCAGUUAGGGAAGCACACUUCAAACGAGCCUUUUUUGUUGUUUACAAUGAAAGCGAAAGUAAAUAUUGCAGUAGUUUUUAUGAUAUUUUGGGUUUGUUUUGUAAACUUUGCCACAGUUCUGGGUUAAACUGAUUUAAAGGGAGGCUUUCAUAUUGACUUUUUAGAGAGAUCAUAUAGCUUCCCCACCAUUUCUCUUCAAUUUUGUGUCCCUCCUUAUCUUGUUAUCAGUAUUUCCCAGUGUUGUCAUGGAAUUCCAUACUACUUGUCCUCUCCAUUAUGGAGGGCACUACCUUUUGUGAAAUAGAAACUGGAAGGACAGUUUUAACACUUUCUUGUUUCCUAUGUGUGAGGCUAGUGUGAAAAACACCUUCCCUGCUCCCCAUUCCAACCUCACUAGAAAGUU